AUGAACAACAGACAUAUCAGGGAAUAUAAAGACCAUAUCACCUCUUAUUUUGGGAAUCACGUGUUACCCAGUUUCUCAGCCACAGGAGACACUAUAUUUGUAACUGCUGAAGUUGAACACAGAAACAGUCAAACUAGCUCUUCUAAGAGUAGCAAGAGAGUGAUGCAUCAUCAACCAUCAUUUGUUGAAACACCCAGGGAGAUACCAUACAACGAUUGGUAUAGAGCAGAGAAUGCUGGGAAAUUCCCAAAAAUAUCACAUACCCAGAAACAAGUUGGUGGCAGUUAUUAUGUUAUCCGGGAAAUCGUUUUGGAGCUAGAAUAUGAGUCUAAAAUGAAUUCUUCAAACAGUGUGGAUAAGUUUUUUGUGGGAAAGAAAUUUGAUGAGAGUAAACUACUUACCACUGAAUCUGUGAAUGUUCCAUCUGGUAAUAUUGAGAUUGAAAAAGAAAGCCCUGUCAAAGAUGAUUCUCAAUCGGUAGUUUUAGAUGACAAUGAGAGUGUUAACACUGGAUAUGAGCAUCUUGAAGAAAACAGACAGCAACAGACUUCCUAUUUGGAGAGGAGGUUAUCUGACAAACUUGAAAUUAUGUCUACACCAGUAAUCAUUGCAUUAGCAUCACUUUUAGUUAUGAAUAUAGUAAAUAUAGUAGUUACAGAUAAGCAGUGA